ACGCUGACACGCUGAUUGAGACAGACAGCGGCUACUGACUAACACACAGUCAUCAUGUCCACUGGUGGAGAGAAGUCCAAGCCUGCCUCCCAGCCUGAUGGGAAGGCUGCUCAGACCCAGAAGAAAACCGAGAUGGGCAUGGGAAACUACAAGAUGUACGUGUUUGAUCAGGAGAACUUCCAGGGCCGCAUGAUUGAGAUCUCCAACGAGUGCAUGAACGUGUGUGAAAUGGGCAUGGAUAGAGUGCGUUCCCUCCGCGUGGAGUGCGGCCCUUGGGUUGGCUGGGAGCAGAUGAACUUCUGUGGAGAGAUGUACAUCCUGGAGAAGGGUGAAUAUCCCCGCUGGGACUGCUGGAGCAACUGCCACAGAAACGACUAUCUGCUGUCCUUCAGACCUAUCAGAAUGGACCCAGAAAAGCAUAAGAUCUGUCUGUACGAAGUUGGCGAUUUCAAGGGCCGCAAGAUGGAGAUUAUCGAUGAUGACGUGCCCAGCAUGUACACCUUCGGCUUCACCGACCGUGUUGGCAGCAUCAUGGUCAGCUGUGGCACUUGGGUGGGCUACCAGUAUCCUGGUUACCGUGGCAGCCAGUACCUGCUGGAGAAGGGCGACUAUCGUCACUUUAACGAGUACGGCGCUCGCCAUCCCCAGUUCCAGUCCGUCAGGCGCAUCCGGGACAUGCAGUGGCACCCAGACGGCUGCUACACCAUGGCCACCAAGUGAGGGCUGGGGAGGACGAGAAAGAGAGGGAACAGGGGAGAGAGAAAGAGAGGAGGGGGAGAAGAUGAAGCAGGGGGAGGGGGGAGGGCCAAGAAGGAGAGGAGGGGCGCACCGCCCGUAUGAGUCAUCCUGGACCAGAAACGGAUGAAGGUCAGUCUGGUGCGGGCAGCGUGUAUAUCAGAUGACUGUAUGGCUUUUUCUUUCCCACCUCUUUAUUUUCUCUCUCUCUAACUCUUCACCUUUUCUCCCAUCUUUUUCUUUCUUCCCUCUUCCUCCUCUUCCUCAUCCUCCAUGCACUUUUCCCCUGAGGAAAUCAGUCCAUCACAAUGAGCCUUAACUGAUGGCUGACUCGUCUGGGUCAGGGAUGAUUGAUUGAUUGAUUGACAGGGGUGGGUUGGGGACCGGGCUGUGGGUGGCAGAGGAACGGGUGUUUUUGGCCAAUAGGCCGUGUAAAACCUCCACAUCCUUUUUGAACGGUAAUAAAAGCGACUCUUGUGACCACUGUUA